AUGGAUUCUAACAUGACCCUGUCCGUUAUGACAUGCAUUGCCCGUAUACACGCUGCGGUCUACUCGAGACUCAAGAGAUGUUGCCCGGACUAUCUGGGUAUUACCGUAGAGACGAACGCCUACUUCGACGCAAUGACCCAUUUGUUCGGGUUCCAGGCCACGAGUGUUGGGGUGUCUAUGCAGCCACACCAGCUGCAAAUAGCGUACUUGCACACGUCAUUCUUCAAGUACGUGCUGGCCAAGCAGUUUGCCCUGUGCAUGGGUAACUGUGCUGCUCUCGAGGACAUAACCACGGUUCCGGGUUCCUGUGUUCAGUACACGCCGCGUGGCGAUGCCCCGUGCGAUUUUUUGGCCCUGCGAAUUAUGAGAUUCUGUAUGGCCGUCGCGUCGCUGAUGGGUGGUGCGCUCAACCCCUGGUUUGUACGCAAGUACAUUACCACCACCAGUGACAACAACAGGGCUAGCGACGAGACCCGACAUCCCCAAUCCGGGGUUGCGCACCUGAACGUGGAUCUGCGUAAGAUGCGUGCUGGCAAUUAUCCCUCUCUGACCAUGCUGACCCUGGCCAUGUUAGAGACUCUGUAUUUUCGCGUUACCGGAACGCACGACAGACUGACGGUCGCGUACCACCGAUUUAUGGCUACCGAAUGCUGGGAUUACCUGCAGGCUGUGAUUGAGCAUGGAAAGCAUUUCAGUCUAGACAUUUACACGGAGCAUGCCCGGGCCGCCGACGAGGACAUCGCUAUUACUAACGCUCGCAC